UCAUAAAACAGCGACUAUUCCUGGAAUUUAACGUUAAGAAAACGUUGAGGGCGUCGUCGUUGCUGCAGUUGAUCGAUGGCUUCUGCACGAUUUGCACGCGAAGAGCACAUUGAACAAGCCGAAUUGAAGGAGGAUUUUCUGAGAGAAUAGAAUGUCGAGCUCAGACCGUAAGAGCAGAGACGACAACCUUCAGCAAAAGAAGAAGAGGAAAGACGAUGAGAAAGAUUCCUGGCAUGUGAAGUCAUUGGAGGAAAUUCUUGAAGAGAAACGACAGCGAAAAGAACGAGAAGAAAGAAAACAGAAAGAGAAAGACGACAAGAAGAAAGAUCCCAAGUCAGUGAAGUUGAAGCAUCUGGAGGCAGUAGAUUUGACUCAAGAGAUGAGUUCCAGUCAUUCACCUCAACGAACUAGACAUACUUCAUCAGGAGAUGACAGGAUGGAGGAAGAUGAUCAUCUGCAGAUUCAACCCCCACAGCUUGGAAAAUUAAAGGGCAAAGAUUCUCACAGCAAGGAAGACAAAAAGAAGCACUCCAAGUCACGGGACAAAGAUGACAAACGACACAAAAGGCGUAAACGUUCUUACUCUAAGGACAAAUCUAGGAGCCGUGACCGUGGCCACCAGUCUAAAGAUCGAAGAAGAGAUGACCAAAGGUCAUCAGCUGUGUCAGGACCAAGAGAUCGACGCCACGGCGAGUCACAUCGAUACCAAGGAGAUGGGUCUAGGCAUCAAGACUCUCGUCAUGUAGAGAUCAUUGGGGAGUCUGGGAGAUACGUUGAUGCUGGGAGACACAGUGAAUCAAACAGACACAGUGAUGGAGGACGAUACAGUGAAGCAAGUCGAGUUGGGGAUCAGGAUAGACAUGGUGAUUCAGACCGGUACCGGUUUGAACGGGAACAGUCAAGACGAGAGAGAGAAAGACUUGAACGACUCGAAAGAGACAGGCAGAGGGAUCUGGUAAAGAGGGCAGACAGAUCAACUUGGGAAGGAGAGAGAGGCGGUAGAGACAGGGAUAGAGGGAGGAAGGAAGAUGAAUAUUGGAAACGAAAAGAGGAAUCAAGAUAUGACAGUCGAGAUCGUGAGAGGCAGGAUAGAAGGAGAGAAGGAGGUGAGCAAGACAGAGGAGAGAGGAAGGAGGCAGUGGAGAGAGAUCGCAGUCCACACAGAGAACAAGAGGCAACCAAACUCUUAGAGAAAUCUGACAACAAAGAUAAGGAGAAUGAGCAAAAACCUCAGAGUCAAGAACCUUCCAGCACUACAACCAAGAUGGUAACAGAUGAUGCUAGCAGCAGUAGCAGUGAGGAGCAGGACUCCUCGUCCAGUGACAGCGAGGAUGGGGAGUCUGGAGACCAGUCAGGCAAGGAAUCAGGGGAGGAGAGUGAGCGAGGAUCCGAUGCCAACUCCUCCAAGGAAGACUCGGAUUCAGAGGAGGAGUCUAGCUCAGAGGAAGGGGAGGAGAAUAGCGAUGAAGACGACGAUGACGAAGAAGACGGGAAAGAGGAAGGGGAGACAGCUCAGACGAGCGACGAGGAAGAAGAGUCGUCUGAAUCUGAGGAGUCUGAGUCUGAGUCUGAGUCAGGCUCAGAGUCAGAAAAUGCCAGCAGCAGUGACAGUGAACACAGCGAACAUGAAAAGGAGACCAAGAAAGAUGCUCAGAAAAUCAAGACUGAAGAGAAACAUCAUGUCCAGAAGUCCAAGUUUGACGUUACAUCCUCCCCAAGUGGUGAUGAGGGUCACACUGAACACAUUGAUUACUUGCCUGACUCUCCUCCACAAUCUCCUGUUGAGUUGAAGGAAAAGCUACCUGCUUAUUAUCCAGCUGUCUCAGGAUGCCGCAGUGUUGAGGAAUUUGUCUGCUUGAAUAAGAUUGAGGAGGGGACUUACGGAGUUGUGUACCGGGCCAAAGAGAAGAGAACAGAGGAAGUAGUUGCCCUCAAGAGACUGAAGAUGGAGAAAGAAAAGGAAGGAUUUCCAAUCACAUCCCUAAGAGAAGUCAACACUCUCCUGAAAGCACAACAUCCAAACAUAGUCACCGUCAGAGAAAUUGUUGUCGGCAGCAACAUGGAUAAGAUCUACAUUGUAAUGGACUAUGUGGAACAUGAUCUGAAGAGUUUGAUGGAGACGAUGAAACAACCGUUCACAAUUGGAGAAACCAAAUGCCUGAUGCAACAACUCCUUCGUGGCGUUCACCAUCUCCAUGACAACUGGAUCCUCCAUCGCGACCUUAAAACUUCCAACCUACUACUAAGCCACAGAGGACAGCUAAAGAUUGGUGAUUUUGGUCUGGCUAGGGAGUAUGGAUCGCCACUGAAGAAUUACACACCUAUUGUGGUUACACUCUGGUACAGAGCCCCCGAGUUGCUACUUGGCAUAAAGGAGUAUUCAUGCCCCAUCGAUCUCUGGUCAGUUGGUUGCAUCUUUGCUGAGUUUAUCAUGAUGAAACCUCUAUUUCCUGGACGAUCGGAGGUCGAUCAGCUCAACCGAAUCUUCAAGGAUUUGGGGACCCCCAGUGAGAAGAUCUGGCCCGGCUAUAACGAACUUCCCGCUGUCAAGAAGAUGACGUUUGCAGAACAUCCCUAUAACAAUCUUCGUAACCGCAUUGGCACAAUCAUGACGGAAUCUGGCUUUGAUCUCAUGAACAGAUUCUUGACUUACAACCCUGAGCGUCGGAUUACAGCAGAGGGCGCUUUGGGCCAUGGUUACUUCCGGGAAUCUCCCCAGCCUAUCGACGAGUCCUUGUUCCCAACUUGGCCAGCAAAGAGCGAGAUGCCACGCAAUGCCAAACGCAGCCCCAAGCCUCCAGAGGGCGGUCUUCAGUAUGCUAGACUGGAAGAGGAAGGAGCAACAGAGGAAGGUUUCCGACUGACGUUAGCAUCCCAGGGAACAUCAGCCAAAACCACAGGAUUUAAUCUUCGCUUUUAAAUUCUACAUGAUGGUAGAAGCUUAUUUUUUACAAGUCUGUGCUCGAAGCUCCAGUUUCAAAAUUAACGUAAACAGUGGGAAAUUGUAUUGUCAAGCUUACAGCCACAAACUUUGAGGCAUGGGAUAGUUAAUAAAGAGUAGGCCUCAUCCGAAGUGACCACAAGAGAGAGAAAUCCUUUUAUUCCUCAUGGAGGGACGUAGAGUGACUUCUUUCAUGUAUUGUAAAACACUCACGAAGAUGGCUCAAUGGCAUAAUGUGCCUAAACAAUCUUGACUUUCAACCUAAUCUGCUAUAAAUUUUGAGUGAGCAAGUUGGUGUUUUGUUGCUUCUCUAACGUUUGUUAACUUCUGUCACUUAAAGACUUUACAACAUCAAACACUGCCUGAAGGAAUAUUCAAUUUUAUACAUAUGUAUGACCAUUGGUGUAUCACGGGGGGGGGAGGUUGUCACGCCCCCAAACUCCCCCUGCCCUGAGACCUGAUUCUUUUUAAGGGGUUGAAAACAUCAGCAUGUUGGGAGUUGGGUAAUGAUUUGGUGCAGGUGAAGAAAUUUGGACCGUCAUCUUCAAAAAAAUUCCAUUUGUGUGUGACCUACUGCUAGUUAUGCCGAUUUCCGCUUUUUCAGUUUUGGAAAGUUGUAAUGAUGUUGUGUCAUGCUAAAUAUUAAUAUAGGGCCAGUUCACAACCACAGUGACUUUCAGGCAAGUUUUCUGACUCAAAAUUGUCAUUUCAGUGACAAUAGUUUAAUAAAGCACUGACCAAGGGAGUAAGAUCACCAUGGCUCUCUACGUAUUACAUGUAACUCAAAGAUGGCCUCUAAACAUUCAUAAUAUUGCAUCUGGCUUAUUUUUAAGUAACUUUCUUGAGUUCAAGUCUACUGAGUUGGGUACUGUUGAAUUUGUCACAAAUAAACAUUUUGUAAAUAA